AUGCACUUCCAGAAGAUCACCUCCCUCCUAGCCUUGGCCUUGGCCAACGGCGUUCUCGCGAGCCCUAUCGAUGCUCAGGGCCCGCCGACUCUCCCUGGUCCACCAAAGCCCCCAGGACCUGGCCUUGUCGAUUCUCCGAAGCCUCAGCUGCCCACUACCAGCAGCACCGCGGGCCCCGGCCCAACUAGCACCAGUGGUCCGCCUCACGUGCCAGCGCCGCCGAAGCCUGAUGGAGACGUUGUUGUUCCUCCACCCGUCCUAAAGACCACUACGUCUAGCACCACGACAAUCGCCACGACCUCAAGCACUACGGCGUCGUCCUCUGCUAUCUUUCACUGGCCGGACUGGACCACGACCACAACCAAGAGCGCGACUACCACGGCUAGCACCACCAGCACCACGACCACCCAGUCUCUGGCAGCUACUACAACCGCAACGACCACGACCACCACGACUGCAAAGCCUCCCUUCCCAACCGGAGGGCACCCUCCGCCACCACCCUUCCCACCGUCAGGACCUCCUAAGCCACCACACGGUGCUCCUCCAGGCCCAUCCACGCCAGGCCAUGAAGCGCCCCCUCCACCACCAGCUGGACCUCCCAAGCCGCCUGCCGGUGCUCCCGCCCCUCCUCCGCCACCAGGUCCUCCCGGCCCGCCCAAGCCCCCACCUGCGCCAAUUACCAAAACCGUCACUGAAACUCUAACUACUGUCAUCACGCACUGGGUCCCCCUCCCCACGCAGCCAGGCCAGCCACCCAAGCCCGGCGCGCCCACCGUGACGCUCAUCACGGAAACCCUCACAAAGACCGUCACCAACACUUACAUCACUGUAUCCGUACCUGAAGCUACGCCUGCGCCGCCUCCUCCGCCGCCAGCGCCCGUUACCGUGACUGUGGUUGUUCCGGGACCGCAGAAGACUGAGACGAAGACGGUGACGGUGACAGCGAAGCCGUCGUGGGUAUCGGGGAAGCCUGUUGCGCCGGCGGAGACGGUGACGGUGACUGCGAAGCCACCUCCCGCGCCUGCUGUCCCGACUGUGACGGUCACGAAGGGUGGGGAGUGGUGCCCUCAGUAG